AUUCUCUAGAUUGUUCGAAGUGACUCUGUUUGAUUUCGAGAUGGCUCGUACCAAGCAAACCGCAAGGAAAUCCACCGGAGGCAAAGCCCCAAGAAAGCAGCUCGCAACGAAAGCAGCCAGAAAAUCCGCUCCGGCCACCGGCGGCGUGAAGAAGCCACACAGAUUCCGUCCAGGAACGGUGGCCUUGAGAGAGAUCAGGAAGUACCAGAAGAGCACUGAGCUUCUGAUCCGUAAGCUUCCUUUCCAGCGUCUGGUUCGUGAGAUCGCUCAGGAUUUCAAGACG